CAGGCGGUUGGGAAGCCUUUCUUGCCCAGCAUGCGCAGUUCUUUGGGUCCUCAUUCUGUGUAGGUGGUGCUGAAGACAUGGGCUAUUGGAGGUCUUCGGUGGGAGCCGAAAGGCCUGAAGCCUGAGACCUGACUGAGAGGGGUGACUCGAGUCUUUGGGAGAGAAGACAACAGCCUCCAUUGCCUUUGCCAUCUGGGAGAGGCCUGGUAAAAGAAUGGGGAAAUUCCAACAGUUCAAACUUCUUCUCUGGAAGAAUUUCCUUUUCAUGAAGCAGAUUUGGCAUUUUAUAGUCUUGGAAGUUCUAAUGUCAUCAGUGUUUGCUUUAUUAAUUGUGUUUUUUCGUUCUGUUGAACUUGAAAAAACUACUGAACCUAGUAGAUAUAAUUCUUUUACCGUCAAUAGACUACCUAGGAUAUUGGAAAUUUACCGCUCUAAUGAUUCCUGGAAGCUGUUCUAUGUGCCUUCUAAAAGUGAUGCAGUGAAGACUAUCAUUGGCAGUGUGCAAUCAACUUUGCGCUCCUUGAGAGUUAAAGGCUUUGAUUCAGAAAUGGAUUUUCAUGAUUACAUUUUUUCUGGUGUGAACUCAUCUUUGUUACUGGCUGUCGUCGUUUUUCAUCACAAUUUUGAUGAUGAAAAAGACCCCCUACCCCUUAAGGUUAGUUAUACUCUGCGUUUCAGUCCUAUUUCAAAGAUUUCACGUGUAGCUAACACUUGGUAUACGCAGACUCUUUUUCGACCUACAGAGGAAAAACUAAUCCACAGUGCUGCUAUAACACAGUAUGGAGGAUUGCCUGGGUAUUACUUUGAAGGUUUCCUGACUGUACAGUAUGCUGUUGAUCACGCCAUUAUACAGUACCAUAGAAGAAAUACUGUGAAAGACAAGUCUAAUAUCACCUCUUUUGUUUUUAUCAAGAGAUUUCAAAACAGAGCUAUCAAAACUGACCACUUCUUCCUUAUUUUCAAAUAUUUUUUUUCCAUAAUAAUUUUAUUAGCUUUCUCUUCUCCUGUACUUGGUGCCAUCCGUUUCAUUGUGUCAGAAAAAGAAAAUAAAUGCAAGGAAUACCUUCUCAUGAUGGGUCUUAGUAAAUUUUUGCUCUGGAGUACCUAUUUUUUCACAUUCUUCAUUCGUUGUCUUCUCGUCAUAUUUUUGCAGAUUUUGAUCUUCUUUUACAAGAUUACACAUCUGCCAGUAAUCCGCUUCAGUGAUAAAUUUUUGAUAUUUGUUUUUCUGAUAUGUUUUGCCCUUGCUUGUGUCAACUUCAGCUUCAUGAUCAGCACAUUCUUCAACAAAUCAAAACUGGCUUCUUCUGUUGGAGUUUUAGUCUAUUUCUUUUCCUUCAUCCCAUAUCGUUACGUCCACAAAAGCUACAGGAAAUUGACUCUCACUAAGAAGUUGAUUCCUUGUCUCGUUUCAAAUGUUGCAAUGAGUUUAGGGGCUGAGCUUAUUGUUGAAGCUGAAAUGAAAGGGACUGGACUUCAUUGGAAUGGACUUUGGCACCCAGUCAUAAUUGAAGAUAAUUUAGCCUUUAUACAUAUAUUAGGAAUGCUAUUGUUUGACUCUUUUGUCUAUGCCCUAGUGACCUGGUAUACAGAAGCUGUUUUUCCAGGGGACUAUGGAAUCUCCCAUCCCUGGAACUUUUUCUUGAUGCCCUCCUACUGGUUUGGGACUCUGAACUCUAAAAUUGUUGUUGAUGAAGAAUCUCAAGAAGUUGAAGACAAUGAUUACAUAGAGGCUGAUCCUGUAGGAUUAACACCUGGGAUUCAGAUAAAACACCUGAACAAGGUGUUUACCAAAGGGCACAUUACCAAAAUGGCAGUAAAUGAUUUGACGCUGAACUUUUAUGAGAAUCAGAUCACUGUCCUACUAGGACAAAACGGAGCAGGAAAAACGACCACCAUGUCAAUACUCACAGGUAUGUUGUGUGCAACAAGUGGAAAGGCAUAUAUCUAUGGGCAUGAGAUCUCAAAGGAAUUUGAUCAGAUCCGGAAGAGUUUGAGCUUUUGCCCUCAGCAUGAUAUCUUAUUUGAUUACAUGACAGUAUAUGACCACCUUUACUUCUUUGCUCAGAUCAAAGGAAUGUCUAGGGAGACAUGCCAUCAGAAAAUAACUAAUAUUUUGAAAAUGGUGAAACUAGAAGAAAAGCAGAAUGAAUUCUCAAAAACACUGAGUGGAGGAAUGAAGCGCAAGCUCUCCAUUAGCAUUGCACUCAUAGGAGAUUCCAAGGUAGUUAUUCUGGAUGAACCAACAUCUGGCAUGGACCCCUUCUCCAGGAGGACCAUCUGGAAUCUCAUUGAGGAGUUUAAAAGGGACCACACUAUCUUGCUGACCACUCACUAUAUGGAUGAGGCUGACAUGCUGGGUGAUCGCAUCGCCAUCAUGGCCAAUGGAACUUUACAGUGCUGUGGCUCUUCACUCUUCCUCAAACACAGAUAUGGUGCUGGAUACCACAUGAUCAUAGUGAAGGACUCUAAUUGUGAUGUAGAUAAAAUCUUUAAUAUUAUUCAAGAGUAUGUACCAAGUGCAACUUUAGAGAGCAAUACUGGAGCUGAAUUAUCUUUUAUCCUACCCAAAGAAAGUACAAACAGAUUUGAAGCUUUGUUUAUUAGACUAGAAAACGAACAAGUAGAUCUGGGAAUUUCCAGCUAUGGAGUGUCUGUCACAACCAUGGAAGAAGUCUUCCUUAGGGUUGGUCAGCUGGCGGAUUCAAAUAUAAGACUUGGAAGCUUCCAAAAACUUUCUUCUCUGCAGAACCGGAGAUCAAAAAAGAAAGAAAAAGAAACUGUUGAUAGCAGGGAAAAGGAAUCCCAUGACCUUCCUGAGUCUUUAAUCAAGCCUGUGUACUCGACUCUGACACACAACACUGGGUGCAAUCUUUAUUACCAGCAAGUUUAUGCCAUGUUCAUAAAAAGGGCUAUAUACAGUUGGCGCAACUGGAAGACAACCUUGAUGCACCUGGUGUUACCUCCCCUCUACAUUUACUUAAUGCUCACUGCCUUUAGUUCUCCAAAGGUUGAGGAUGAACCAUCCAUGAAAUUGGAUUUAAGUCUAUAUGAACAAAAUAUCGUGCCCUUUUCUAUGUCUGGGAAUUUAUCUGUGACCCAGAAAAUAUUUAAAUCUGUUGAAUCUCUGCUAAAGCCUCAGGGACAUAUCCUUAAGGAAGUGAAAGGUAAUUUGGACGAGUUCUUGAGGAAUAGAAAAUUUUCUCCUAAAAAAUGUAUAAUUGCAUUUUCCGUUAAUGUCACUGGAUCCUAUAUUGUGGCCACUGCUCUAUUCAACAAUGAGGCAUACCAUUCAACUGCAAUAUCUCUGGCAAUGGUGGAUAACAUCCUAUUCAUGUUUUUUUGUGGCCCAAAAGCUUCUAUUACAGUCUCCAACAAGCCUCUGCCUAAUAAACCCAGAAAUGCUACAACUGAAUCCCUUGGAAGUGAUCAUGGAUAUGAAUUUGCUCUUACUGUCAUUUUUGGCAUGGCUGCCUUGUCCAGUGGUUUUUCCCGAGAGCCAGUCAUUGAACGAGUUACAAAAGUGAAGCACAUGCAGUUUGUCCAUGGUGCAUAUGUCCUAAUUUUCUGGUUGUCUGCAUUAGUAUGGGAUUUCAUCUUCUUCUUCAUUGUCUGUUUAAUGUUUGUGGCAUUGUUCAAAGCCUUUGUUUUGGAAAUUUUUUCGGAAGUGUUGCACUUUUCAUUUGGCUUCCUGAUAUUUGCAUUACAUGGAUGGUCUGUCAUACCCUUAAUUUACUUGAUGAGCUGCUUCUUCUCACAAGGGUCAUCUGCAGAAAUGUACCUUUUCCUUUUCAAUGUAUUUUCUGUAAUGAUCAGCAUGUCCCUUCUAUAUAUGAUAAAAGCCAAAGUGAUAAAUUUGAAAAGCUACUCUGACAUUACAUCCAGUUCAUUCCUGCUGCUUCCCAGUCAUUCUUUGGGGAUGUCCAUUCAAAGAUUUUAUGAAAAUUUCAAGAUCAGCAAAAAAUGUGCCAUUUCUGGGGGCACUCAUUGCUCAGAUAAAUAUGCUGCAAAAGAUUUCUUUGGAUGGAAUGACACUGGGAAUGCAGAAUUUCUGGUUGCCAUGGCUGCCUCAGGCUUCUUUUAUCUCCUCUUGCUUUGUUUGAUUGAAAAGUACUUCUGGAGAGUAAGAAAUUGUUGCACUCAUUUACUUUACUGGUUUUACCCAAUGUGGCAACAACAUACACUUCAACAGUUAAAUCAGAAUAAGGAUCAAGAGAAGUCUGAAGAUGAAGAUGUGGAAAAUGAGAAGAAGAAAAUCCAAGAAUGCCCUUCAGAUAUGCUGCCAUCUUUGAACAGCCCAUUAAUUAUUAAGGGUCUCCUAAAGGUGUAUUUUAAGUGGAUACCUGUCCUGGCUGUGGAUAGACUCUUUCUAUCAGUUCAGAAAGGGGAGUGCUUUGGGCUCCUUGGCUUCAAUGGAGCAGGGAAAACCAGCACUUUUAAAAUGUUGACUGGAGAUGAAACCAUCACUUCUGGAGAUGCCUUCUUUGAAAACUACAGCAUCCUCAAAGACAUUGGAAAGGUGAGACAGAGAAUCAGUUAUUGUCCACAAUUUGAUGCUUUGCUGGACUACAUGACAUCGAAGGAGAUGUUAACCUUGUAUGCUCGACUUAGGGGCAUUCCUGAGCCUUCUAUCAACGAACAUGUGAUAGAAAUGCUGCAGUCACUACUCUUGGAGGACUAUUCAGAUAAAAUCACAAAGACCUAUAGCGGUGGCACUAAGCGGAAGCUAAGCACUGGUAUUGCCCUAGUUGGAAAUCCAUCAAUCAUCUUCCUGGAUGAGCCAUCCACUGGCAUGGAUCCUCUGUCUCGACGACUACUUUGGAAUACAAUAAUACGGACCCGUGAUUCUGGGAAGGCCAUUGUCAUAACCUCCCAUAGCAUGGAGGAGUGUGAGGCAUUGUGCACUAGAGUGGCUAUCAUGGUAAAUGGGAAAUUCCGGUGUCUAGGAAGCCUACAGCAUCUCAAGAAGAAGUUUAGUAAGGGAUAUACCUUACUAGUCAAACUUAAGAGAGAUUAUAAGGAAUCUGAAGUGGAACAUUUCAAGCAAUUCAUGAAGGAGAUAUUCCCAGGCAUCAAUCUGCUACAGCAGUACCAUGGAAUGAUCCGAUACUCCAUUCCUAAUGAGAAUCAAAGCUGGGCAAAGGUAUUUGGUGUCUUGGAGGAAGUCAAAGUGUUGUACAAUUUGGAAGACUAUUCCAUCAGUCAGACCACACUGGAGCAAAUAUUCCUAGGUUUUGCCAAUCCAGAGGACCUAGUUAAUGAAUAAAGAAAAAGUGAAAAUUUGUACCAAUGGCCCUAACCACAUCCACAGCUCCUGCCUAUAUCUAAUACAUAGAUUGAAAAUAAUUCUAUAUCUGUUUCUUGAUGUACAAAUAUAAUAAAGAGUUCAUUUUUCCA